AAACUAAUGGGUGAAAAGGGAUGUACAGUCACAGAACUGAACGACUUCCUACAGGCUUUGGAACACACUGAGGUUCUUCAGCUCCUCAACCCCCCAGGACUAAAGAUCACUGUAAACCCAGAAUCAAAGGCAGUUUUAGCUGGACAGUUUGUAAAACUGUGUUGCCGAGCAACUGGACAUCCUUUUGUACAAUAUCAAUGGUUCAAAAUGAAUAAGGAGAUCCCAUAUGGAAAUUCAUCAGAACUUAUUUUUAACACAGUGCAAGUAAAAGAUGCAGGCUUUUAUGUCUGCCGAGUUAACAACAGUUCCACCUUUGAAUUUAGCCAGUGGUCACAGCUAGAUGUCUGUGAUGUCACAGAAGUAACAGAAAGCUUCCAGGGAAGUGUGGAUGGUGUCUCAGAAUCCAAGUUGCAAAUCUGCGUUGAACCAAGGUCCCAAAAGUUGAUGCCAGGCAGCACAUUGGUUUUACAGUGUGUUGCUGUUGGAAGCCCUAUGCCUCACUACCAGUGGUUCAAAAAUGAAUCACCAUUAACACAUGAGACAAAAAAGCAUUACAUGGUUCCAUAUGUGGAUCUAGAACAUGAAGGAACUUACUGGUGUCAUGUGUAUAAUGACCGAGACAGUCAAGAUAGUAAGAAGGUAGAAAUCAUCAUAGGAAGAACAGAUGAGGCAGUGGAGUGCACCGAAGAUGAAUUAAAUAAUUUUGGGAAUCCUGAUAAUAAAGAACAAACAACUGGCCAGUCUUUGGCGAAGGACAAGGUUGCCCUUUUGAUAGGAAAUAUGAAUUACUGGGAGCACCCCAAGCUUAAAGCCCCUUUGGUAGAUGUGUAUGAACUGACCAACUUAUUAAGGCAACUAGAUUUCAAAGUUGUUUCAUUGUUGGAUCUAACUGAGUAUGAGAUGUGUAAUGCUGUGGAUGAAUUUUUACUACUUUUAGACAAAGGAGUAUACGGGUUGUUAUAUUAUGCAGGGCACGGUUAUGAAAACUUUGGGAACAGUUUUAUGGUCCCUGUUGAUGCUCCAAAUCCAUAUAGGUCUGAAAAUUGCCUGUGCGUACAAAACAUACUGAAAUUGAUGCAAGAAAAGGAAACUGGACUCAAUGUGUUCCUGUUGGAUAUGUGUCGGAAAAGAAAUGACUAUGAUGAUACCAUUCCAAUCUUGGAUGCACUGAAAGUCACUGCCAAUAUUGUGUUUGGAUAUGCCACGUGCCAAGGAGCAGAAGCUUUUGAAAUCCAGCAUUCUGGCUUGGCAAAUGGGAUUUUUAUGAAAUUUUUGAAAGAUAGAUUAUUAGAAGACAAGAAAAUAACUGUGUUACUGGAUGAAGUUGCAGAAGAUAUGGGUAAAUGUCACCUUACCAAAGGCAAACAAGCACUAGAGAUCCGAAGCAGCUUGUCUGAAAAGAGAGCACUUACUGAUCCAAUCCAGGGGACAGCUUGCUCAGCAGAGUCUCUAGUGCGGAAUCUACAGUGGGCCAAGGCUCAUGAACUUCCAGAGAGUAUGUGCCUUCAAUUUCAAUGUGGUGUUCAUAUUCAGUUAGGAUUUGCCGCAGAGUUCUCAAAUGUCAUGAUAAUCUACACAAGCAUAGUCCACAAACCACCCGAGAUAAUAAUGUGUGAUGCCUAUGUUACUGAUUUCCCACUGGAUCUAGAUAUUGAUCCAAAACAUGCAAAUAAGGGGACUCCUGAAGAAACUGGCAGCUAUUUGGUAUCAAAAGAGCUCCCUAAGCAUUGCCUCUAUACUAGACUCAGUUCACUACAAAAACUAAAGGAACAUCUGAUCUUCACGGUAUGUUUAUCCUAUCAGUAUUCAGGACUGGAAGACACUGUGGAGGAGAAGCAGGAAGUGAAUGUUGGGAAGCCUCUUAUUGCCAAGUUAGACAUGCAUCGAGGAUUGGGCAGGAAGACUUGCUUUCAGGCUUGUCGUCUGCCUGAUGAGCCUUAUCACAGCUCAACGCCUACCUCAGGGGAAUCACAGGACUGUUUCCUUUAUUUGUUCCAUUCACAUCUUGGUAAUUCAGACAGUGGUAUGCCACCAGACAGGUGUCAUUGCAGCCGGACUCCACAUGCAUUCAUUUCAAGCUAUCCCACCCACCAUUACUCCUGCCAGUUUGGUAGAAGUAAUGUGCCAGUAGAGACAACUGAUGAAAUGCCAUUCAGUUUUUCUGACAGGCUUAUGAUUUCUGAAAACUAACCUUCAUGUUUCUGAAAAUUAGAAUAACUACAGUACUUCCUCAUGAAAUAACACUUACAUAAAGGGAGGUGUGGUGAAUAGGCAAAUGUAUAUGUACAGAAAGAAAACUGGCAACAACUGUUUUUAUAGCAGACUCUCAGGAGUGUAAGGUACUAGAAUUAUAGUAUUUAAGCUGAGUGGUGGUGGCACACACUUUUAAUCCCAGUAGUUCAGAGGCAGAGGCAGGUGGAUCUCUGAGUUUGAGGCCAGCUUGGUCUACAAAGUGAGUUCCAGGACACCCAGAGCUACACAGAAACCCUGUCUUGAAAAACCAAACAGAAAAAGAAAAGAAAAACUACAUUAUUUAACCAGACUAUCUCUCUUGCUUUUGUCUCUUUUUAAGAUUUUGUGAAUUAAUUUGUUCUAUAAGAGUGAAGUAUGGGGCCUGUGAAUAUAGCUCAAUGGUACAAUGCUUAGCUAAUAUGUGAAAGGACCUGGGCUUGAUCAUCAUUACUGCAGGAAAAAUGAAUUGUUAGAUUGUAUAUGUAUGUAUGUGUACCAUAUAUUUUCAUUUUGACCACUCAGAAAAUCAUUACUAUAGAUUGAGUUAAAUUGUUGGCACCAAAAAAGAACCCUUUCUCUU